GACUUCUGCGUUGGACGUGAAAAUAGCCACUACGAAUUACAAUGGCCAAGAGUAUAAGAAGCAAGUGGCGCCGGAAGAUGAGGGCUAUCAAGCGGAUCAGAUAUGGUGUGAAGGAAUUGGACAGAUUGAAAAACAUGCUAGUGAACGCCGGAGAGAUAGAAGUCAAAGAAGGCGGAGAAAUUGAGCACAUUUGUUUAGUUAAAGCUAAAAAUGAAGAAGCUGAAAAAAUUCAACUUGAGAAGGAAGAAAAAGCUAAAGUGGAUAAAACUGCAGAACCAUUAAAGGAAACAACAAAAAAAGUGCAACACCCUACUUGGCUAAGGAAAAAGGAAUACAAAAAAUACAUAAAGAGUUAUAGAAAACAACAAUCAAUCAACGCUAAAAGAAUAAAGGGAUCUAUUAAAAAAAAAAGUAUUGCUGUAAAAAACUUGUAAUUUUUGACCAUUUUUAAAAUAAAAUAUUUCUGUUUAAAGUUAA